GAUACAGAGAACAACAAUUUCAAAGAAUCGCACGUCACAACACACGGACUCAAUAUUGUUCUUAAAUACCCCUGCAGUUAAGCAACCGCUGCAGUCAACAGAGAGACUCUAGAGGUGCUAAACGAGAGCAAUGUAUGCAAACAGAGAGGGAAUGCACAACAAUCUGAUCGACGAGCCUGACAAUGACUACAGCAGUCCAGAGGUGCGAUAUUCAGUUUUACCGAAUGCUGCUGGUAAAAGAGGAAAGCAAUUUUGCCAAGAACCCUUCAAAGUGGCAACAGCGUGCCUGACUUCCUUCUGCCUCAUCUUACUCAUGAUCCUGGUGGUCACAAGUAUUCACAGUGGUAAUAAGGGCCGUUCCUCUGAUCAGGAUUCCCCCUCCAGUGCUUCUGAAACACACAUGCAGACGGGCUGCGCUAAUGUAACGGCUCUGACUGAAGAACUGCUGACUGUGAAGAAAGAGAAGAGGGAACUUGAGAGAGAGCGGUCGCAGUUGAAGGACAAAAUCACUGAGCUUGAGGCAACCACUGCACCAUGCACCUCUCCAGCACCAACGAAGAGUCCCUGCCCUGAAGACUGGAAGCACUUUAACGGGAGCUGUUACUUCAUCUCGGUGACUAGCAGGAGUUGGUCAGACAGUCAGAAGUACUGCAAGCGGAACGGAGGACACCUGGCCAUCAUCCACACGCCUGAGGAACAGACGUUCAUAUGGAACCUGCUGCCCCGUGGAUACUGGAACGCUUACUGGUUUGGCAUAAGUGAUGAAAAAGUCGAAGACGACUGGUACUGGGUGGACGGAACCAAACUGGUUGGAGGUUUCUGGGAAGAUGGCGAGCCCAACAACCAUAUCAAUGAAGACUGUGGCUACAUGAUAAAGACAGAUGUUUUAACCCGUGUGGCUACAAAGAGUUGGUAUGAUGCGCCGUGCUACAUGUCCUUGCCCUGGAUCUGUGAGAAGACGACUGAGUCCACUUGAUCAUUGCUCCCACCAAUCCAAACAGACCAUUAGCAAUACAAUCUGUAAUGCAAUUACCAUUGUGUUUAGCAGGCCUGGUCUCAGGGUUUUAAAUGUUUGAAAAAAGAAAAGAAAGACUGCAGUAAGGAGUAAAAAAAAAAGCAACUAACUGUCUAUUUUAUCCUAACAUUAUAUGUGCGUUUAGUUUGAUCUAACUUUAGUUAUGCUUUUUACCAAGGGAUGAUUUUUGUAAAGUAGUUGAAUUUAAUAUAAAGAUCAAUUGAUUUAUCAGUUUUCAAUGGAAAACUUAUUGUCUUUUCUUGAACAACUAAACGUCUUUGAAUGACUUA